AUGACGACGGAGGACGCGAGAGCUGCUAACAACGUCGAAAAUAUCAUAUCGCGCAUUCGCAUUCGUCGGUCGGUCGGAUCAACCCUUUCCAGCUGCCGGGCAGCGAGCACGUGCUCGCACUUCCUGUCCGCGCGCGCCGACGCGCGAGAGCGACGACGACGCCGCGCGGAGGAGACGCGCGAGCGAACUCGCACGACCGCCCCGCGCGUUCGGACGGCGACGCGCGCGCGGGCGUCCGACCGCCGCGACGCCCGCCGUCCGCGUCGACCGCGCCCCCGCGCGGAUCUCCUCGCGCGCGGCGAAGCGAAGAAGAAGAAGCGCAGCGCACAGCUGGACAGAGACGCGAUGUCUCCGUCCGCGCUUCGCGCGGACUGCGCGUCCCUCGCCGCGGGGAUCGAGUCCGUCGCGUCCGGCGCCGCGCUCACGCUCGUGGACGUCGACGACGACGGCGUGUGCGUCGCGCUGACGAUGGAGCCGCGAAGGGCGGUGACGGUCAUCUUCGAGGACGGCUACCCGAAAGGCAGCGCGAUGGCUACGUCGGACGAGCCCGCGGACGAGACGAAUCUUGGCACCCUCAACGCCGCCCUGCAGGCGUGGCGAGGUAAGACGCUCACGGUGUUCGACGUCGCGCGGCUCCUCGGCGACGCGUUCGGGGUGCGAGACGCGAUGCGCGAGCUGCUCGACGCGUGCGGCAGCGUCGCGCUGCCGACGGAGACGCCGGACCGGAACCGCGAGUCGAUGCCCGAGGGAAGGACUGCGACGGCGGAGGCGACGACGGCGGCGGCGGCGACGGACGCGCGGGCGACGCCGGCGGAGAACGACGACGACGCCUCCGCCUCCGACGGCGAGGGGUGGCCCGACAGCGACGACGACGACGAAUACGGCUCAGACGCUCACGGUAACGACGCGGACGACGGGAACGACUCCGACGGCGCGCUUCCCGAGGACAACGAACUCAACUCGGACCAGCUCACGCGGCUGUAUCAAAACAAGCGCAAGUGCGUAGAACGCGAGGAACGUCGCGUGCAGCAAAAGUCCCUCGCGUCCGAGGAGACGCGGGGGGAGAUGACGUGUGAUAUGAAGCAGGCUGCUCGCGCGCAGAUAUUCACAGAUAAGGGGGCGUUCGCGCGGUUGUCCUCGGAGCUGUUCGCGCUGCAGGAGCGGCUCGACCCCGCGUUGCACGUUGACGCGGUGGAAUACGACGUGUACGAGUGGGACGUGCAGGCGCGUUUUGUUACCACACGCACUGGUCCCCAUACGAUUCCGUUGGCGCGGCGCGCGCCGUUCCUCGAGGACGGACUUUACGACUCUUCUCUCCGCCCAGGGUUUCUCGCUUUCAAUCAUCCCGACACAUCGCGACGCCUUUCGACUCCGCUUCUGACGCCUUUCGACUCCGCCCACCCCGCCGUCUGUCGCCACGCGCGGACCCUCGACCCUCAGUUCAAGUGCCGCGGGUUCUCCCCCGGGUCGGGGAUGCGGCAAGAUCUGGAGCUUCUCGACGCGGUGAACGGGUACUCGCACGUGCAUCUGAAGCUGCACUUCAAGGCGGAUCUGUAUCCGUUCUACCCCCCGCGCGUGAGCCUCGUGCGCCCGAAGCUGUCCGGCGUCGUCCCCGGCGCCGUGAUCGCGCACCCGCGGCUGCGUCUCCGAAACUGGCAGCCGUUUCGUCCCAUCUCGAGCGUGAUCGAGCAUCUGCGGACGUUCCUCGAGAGGUUCGCGCGCGUGGACCUCGCGAGCGAGAUGAACGACGACCGAAGGUUCCCCGGGGGCGCGUACGACGACGACCAGUCCAAGCUCGAGCUCGCGCUCGCGAGGCUGGCGUCGUGCGGCGGCGGCGGCGGCGGCGGCUCGGAGGAUUUGCUUC